AGCAUGAAAACAAGAUUUGCAAAGUAUCAGGAGGAUCAAGAUUCCGGACUUACCGCGAGGAAUCUCUCCCCUUUUUAUUCCCCGUUCUUGCCUUUCCCGCUUUCAUCAACAUCGUCGGUUUAGUUUCGUCGCCUUUCUCUCGUGCGCGCGUUUCGUUGUUUCCUUUGGUUUCCUGCCGUGCUUUCUAAACGAAGGAAGCAAAUAGCAACACCUUACUUCUAGAUAGACAAAGCCACUCAUUUCUGCUUCUUUGCCCGUUUGGCGAUCAGCUACUCACGUGCUUUUCCUUGCGUAGCUUUUGGUUCGAAUUUGUGUAGCCGUUCUUCUUCUUUUUUUUUUUAAACUGGUGGUUUUUGUUUUUGUGUUGUUGUUCUGCUUCUCUUUUAGCGUUUUCCCUUUCUUUGUUGGCCACGGCGUCAAUAAGUUCAACUACUCAGUUUCCUCCCUUUUUCUUAUUUUCUUCCCCCUCCUCUCUCUCUCUCCCUCCCUCCUCAUCUCGAUUGCCAAGCCGAGAGCCUCAAGCAAUUGUUUAUUUGUUUUGUUUAUUUGUUUUGUUCUCUUGCACCCAUUAUUCGUGUGUUUUGGCGCAUCCGCAUUGUUUUCUUCUUAUUUAGCUGUUUAUUACCGUUAUACGAUUCUUUUUUCUUCUUCUUCUGUUCUCUUCUCCAUUCGCCACCUCUUGUUCACGCGCUGUUCCUCUUCUUACUUCUUCUCUCGUAGCUCACGUGCUCUUCAGCGUAGCGUCGAGUGGCACAGUCAACGUUUGUAGGCGUCGAUUUUUUUUUCUGUGUUUCUCCAGAAAUCGUUAUCGUUCCGGCAGAAAAGACAAGGAAAGGAAAGAAGAAGCGCGUUAACAUGUCAGCUGCGAUGUCCGGGUAUCUUAAGGUGCUGUCGCGCGACGGCACCUGGGAGACGCAAUACGCCGUGGUGGACGGGGCCAAGUUGCAGUAUUGGAGAAGGAAGGAAGACACGGCCGCGGGUGCGGCCCCGGUGAAGGAGUUGGAUCUGCAGUGCGCCACGCUGCGCGAGAUAGGCGAGCCGUGCACGUGGUCAGUGCAGCCGGACAAGGCACACGCGACGUACCUCCAGGCGGAGAGCGAGCAAAGGAAGGACGAUUGGGUGAACGCGCUGCGGCACUAUAACUCGAGUGCGACCGUAGCGCCGAAGGUGUGCUUGAACGACUUUGAGCGAGUCUUUGUGCUGGGCAAAGGCUCCUACGGCAAGGUGUACAUGGUACGCAAGAAGGACACGGGAAAGACGUACGCGAUGAAGGAGAUGAGCGCAGAAAAGAUGAAGCAGGCGGAGAUCAAAACGCCGCUGAUGGAGCGGCUUAUUCUUCAAGAGAUCGAUCACCCUUUUAUCGUCCACCUUCAUUACUCCUUCCAGGAAGGCGGAUACUUGUACAUGAUCCUGGACCUGCUAGGCGGUGGCGAGCUCUUCACGUACAUUGAGAACCGGGCCCCGCUGCCCGAGGAGACGGGGAAGUACUACGCGGCGGAGGUAGCGACCGCCCUCGGCUACCUGCACAGCCGCAACAUCAUCUACCGCGACUUGAAGCCGGAGAACGUCGUUUUUGACCAAGACGGCCACGCGUGUCUGACGGACUUUGGGCUCGCAAAAUCGAACGUGCACGAGGAGAACGCGGUGACCUACUGCGGUACGAACGAGUACCUGGCGCCGGAGCUGCUGAAGGGCGUGCCGCACGGCAAGGCAGUCGAUUGGUGGUCGCUGGGCCUCAUGAUGUGUGAGAUGAUCUUUAACGAGCUGCCUUUCUACGACGACAACCCGGUGCAGAUGCAAACGCGCAUCUUGACCGAGGAGGUCCGCUUUCCAAAGCUAAAGACACCCGUUUCCGAGCCGACGAAGGACUUGAUCCGCCGCCUGCUCGAAAAGGAUCCGAAGCGGCGGCUGCAGACACUCGAGGAGUUCAAGCAGCACCCCUGCUAUGCCGACUUAGAUUUCGACCUGCUGCUGCAACGGCAAAUCCCACCGCCCAUCACGCCCGACAGCGACCCGGCCCACAACUUUGCCCCGGAGUUUACAAAUGAAGUAAUUCUGCCAAAGGAGGCGCCGUCGCAGGCGGUGGUAAUGCUGGCCGGUUACACCUACGACAAAGACUCCAAAGAGCACGAACAGGCUUGCGAGUCGGCGAGGACGCUGCAGUUGAAGAAGUCCACUUCGGGGACGGCCAACAGCACCAAUAGCACUAGCAACAAUGGCAGCUCAAGGGGCUCGCCCGCCGCGGCGAACUCGAAGCGACUUUCGCUGGGCAACGCGUCCAACUCCAGCUCUACCAGCGGGACCGCUAAGCAGACUUCUGCAUCAGCACAAGGAAGGAAAUCAGAGAACGCUUCGUCUUUAAAAGCGUCUCCUCUGGGUGUGCGCAAGAACCUGAUUGGUGGCAGCACAGCACAUAAGCCGGGGAAGUGA